AUGCAAAUACCAACAUUACAGAUCAAAUUAUGACACUGUCAUCCUGUCAUCAAAAAUUAAAGUCGGCCAUUUUGCAAGUUUUACGGCGACUGUAACACGUGUUCUGUUGCCGAAAUGGCAGUAACAAAGCCCGCGGCCAAGAAAGGCCAACUUCACCAAAAGACUGGUAAAAAGGGAGUCAAAGGGGGUAAAAUCCGCGGCAAGGGCCAGCGAAGGAAAAUAAGUCUUAAAUUCGCGAUUGAUUGCACACAUCCAGCUGAAGACAGCAUUCUGGAGGUGGGCAAUUUCGAGAAAUACUUAAAAGAACGUGUAAAGGUUGAGGGCAAAACAAAUAACCUGGGCAAUCACGUUGUCAUCGCGAGGGAUAAGACGAAAAUCGUUAUCAGUGCAGACAUUCCCUUCUCCAAGAGGUACUUGAAAUACUUGACAAAGCGCUACCUCAAGAAGAACAACCUGCGUGACUGGCUGCGCGUGGUGGCGUCUGCGCACGACUCCUACGAGCUGCGCUACUUCAACAUCAACGCGGACAGCGACAACGAGGACAAUGAGGAUUAACCUGUUGCUAAUAAAUUAGUUUUACACUAAA